CAUCAUCAAACCCAUAGAAGAAGUAUGACAGACGUUUUAGAUCUCCCGCUUUCUCUCAAAACUGGACAAUUUUUUGGAACCCUAGUUUCUCCUUCUGCCAUUAGCGACAAUGAAGCUCGUCAGGUUUUUGAUGAAGUUGAACAACGAAACAGUCUCGAUUGAGCUCAAAAAUGGCACUGUUGUACAUGGAACCAUCACAGGUGUUGAUAUCAGCAUGAACACACACUUGAAGACGGUGAAGUUGACACUGAAAGGGAAAAAUCCUGUAACCCUUGACCAUUUGAGCGUGAGAGGCAAUAAUAUUCGUUACUAUAUACUUCCCGACAGCUUAAAUUUGGAGACACUGCUAGUCGAAGAGACCCCCAGAGUCAAGCCCAAGAAGCCAACUGCAGGGAAGCCUGUGGGCCGUGGUCGGGGCAGAGGACGAGGCCGUGGACGUGGUCGUGGGCGUUAGUCAUGUUGGUGUCUUUUGUUAUAUGUUAUUAUUGUUGGGAUAUUUGGAAGGUGCGCCUGUGGUUUGUGUAUGGACCCUUAAGUAUAGGACGGUUUUGAAUAUCUUUUCUAGACAUGAUUGGCACCAACCGCUUAGUCGUGCAUUUUAAUUCAUGUCGUAUAAAUAUUUAGUUUUUUGCUGUUUUGUUUUUCUUGAAAUCGAGUUGUUUAGCAUUUUAUA